AUGUCCGACACGUGCGAGGCCAAACGAGCCCGGACCUCCGACGCCGUCAAUGGCACGCCGAAUUCUCCAAAGGAAGACGUCUUCGUCGGGAGCGUCGACCAGGGCACCACGUCGACCAGGUUCCUCAUCUUCAACAGUGCUGGCGAACCCCUUGCCAGCCACCAGAUGGGCUUCGACAACAAGCAUCCUCAACCCGGCUGGCACGAGCAUGAUCCCCUUGAGCUUCUCCAAUCGGUCGAGACGUGUAUCGAAAAAGCAACAGCCGAGUUCCGCUCAAAGGGCUACGACCCGGCCAACAUCCGCGCCGUUGGCCUUACCAACCAGCGCGAGACCCUGGUGCUGUGGGACAAGACCACGGGAGAGCCACUCUACAACGCCGUCGUCUGGCCCGACACCCGAACAUCCUCGUUAGUGCGCGAGCUCAAGGCCUGCGACAAUGCAGACAAGCUCCAGGACCUCUGCGGGCUGCCGCUGUCGACGUACCCGUCCAGCGUCAAGCUGCUGUGGCUGCUUCGCAACGUCGAACCCGUGGCCGAGGCCUACAAGGAGAACCGCCUGGCUUUCGGAACUGUCGACACCUGGUUGAUCUACCGCCUCAAUGGGGGCAAGGAUCGGGAGGGCGGUCCCCCCAUCUAUGUCACCGACUCGACCAACGCCAGCCGCACCAUGUUCAUGAACAUCCAUACUCUCCAAUACGAUGACGACCUCCUCUCCUUUUUCCAGAUUGACCGCUCCAAGCUGGCCCUGCCUGAAAUCGUCCCCUCGUCGCACCCUACCGCCUUUGGCGCACUCGCCCGCGGGCCCCUCAAGGGCGUUCCCAUUGCCGGCUGCCUGGGCGACCAGUCCUCGGCCCUCGUCGGCCAAUGCGGCUUUAACCCCGGCCAGGCAAAAAACACGUACGGCACGGGCUGCUUCCUGCUCUACAACGUCGGCUCCGAGCCCGUCAUCUCCAAGAGCGGCCUGCUGGCGACGGUGGCCUACGACUUUGGCAAAGGCAAGAAGCCCGUCUACGCACUCGAGGGCAGCAUCGCCGUCGCCGGCUCGGGCGUGACGUUUCUGCUCAACAACUUGGGGCUCAUUGAGAGCUCCAAGGCCAUUGACGAGGUGGCCCUGUCCGUCCCCGACAACGGCGGCGUCUACUUUGUAACCGCCUUCAGCGGCCUCUUUGCCCCGUACUGGAUCGACGAUGCCAAAGGGACGCUCUUCGGCAUGACGGCGCACACGCAAAAAGGCCACAUUGCGCGCGCGACGCUCGAGGCCACCUGCCACCAGACAGCCGCCAUCCUCGACGCCAUGGCUGCCGACUCGGGCCACGCGCUCGAGUCACUCGCCGUCGACGGCGGCCUCUCCAGCUCGGACCUGUGCAUGCAGACGCAGGCCGACCUCAGCGGCAUCCCCGUCGACCGCCCCGCCAUGCGCGAGACGACGGCCCUCGGCGCCGCAAUUGCCGCCGGCCUCGCCACCGGGGUCUGGGCCGACCCCGACGAGCUGCGGUCCGUCAACGCCAGCAACAGGACCGUCUUUCAGCCCAAGCUCGGCAAGGCGGACAGGGCCGGCAUGCGCAGGCAGUGGGAGAGGGCCGUCGAGAUGAGCAGGGGGUGGGUGCUGGACCAGGAGUGA